CUCACUGCUAGUUGCAGAUGGCGAGGGAUGAUGCGCGUCUUCUUGUUGUCCCGAGCCGCGUUGCCCGCUAGCUCCAGAAUUUCCGCGGUCAGGUACUCGAGGACCGCCGCCAGGUACACCGGGGCGCCUGCCCCCACCCGCUCCGCGUAGUUGCCUUUGCGCAGCAAGCGGUGCACUCGCCCCACCGGGAACUGGAGGCCAGCGCGGGACGAGCGCGACUUGGCCUUAGCGCGGGCCUUGCCUCCCUGCUUUCCGCGUCCUGACAUUACGGCUAAAAUUGCAGUUACAGCUUCUUUUACAAGGAGAAGAAUGUGGAAAGAAUAACCAAUUUGAUGUAAUUUAUAAGAGGUACCGGGAGGGGUGAAGGGAAGUCGUUUGAUUGGCUAAAAGCGGAGCCGUAUCCAACAGCCAAUAGGAAAGCAGAAAGCCGCCUCUUGGUUUGCAUCCUGCACUGAAAGGAAAUGACGGAUUUUAAUUUCUGACCACCUUACCAGUGGGGAGAAUCCGAGACUACAGUUCCCAUGAUCCCUCAGGGCACCACGUGGUGCCUGCCCGUCCUACCAACGCGCAGCGAGGACUCCAUUUCCCAGCGUGCCUCAGGAAGGGCGCCAGGACUGCAUUUAGCUCCGGAGCUUCCAGAGUCCUGGCCCUGAGCGGGAAUCGCAGUGGCCGAGGCUGAGCGGCAGGCGGAUCGCCCCGACCCUCACUCCUGGCGUCUGCGUCUCUGGCGUGGCCGAUGCUGAGUGGGCGGCUGGUCCCGGGUCUGGUCUCCAUGGCUGGCCGCGUCUGUUUGUGCCAGGGCAGCGCGGGAUCUGGGGCCGUCGGUCCGGUGGAGGCCGCCAUUCGCACGAAGUUGGAGCAGGCCCUGAGCCCCGAGGUGCUAGAACUUCGCAACGAGAGCGGUGGCCACGCGGUCCCGCCUGGCAGUGAGACGCACUUCCGCGUGGCUGUGGUGAGCUCUCGUUUCGAGGGACUGAGCCCCCUACAACGACACCGGCUGAUCCACGCAGCACUGGCCGAGGAGCUGGCAGGGCCGGUCCAUGCGCUGGCCAUCCAGGCACGGACCCCCGCCCAGUGGGGAGAGAACUCUCAGCUGGACACUAGCCCCCCAUGCCUGGGUGGAAACAAGAAAACUCUAGGAACCCCCUGAACCCCAAGAGAGAGGGAGGACCAGGAUCCGAAUGGGCUGGGUGAGCACGAAUUACUGAGGCCUUCCCUUUGAUACAGUCCAGGAUUUGUAAGGGAUGAAGACCCCUGGGCCCCAUUCUGUUGGGGUCCAUACGUAUUCUCCGAAGAUAGCAACUUGCUUCAGGUCAAAGUGAACCCGAGAAAAGAGAAGAAUCACUCACUACUGCUCCUGCCCUGGACUAUUCAGGAAGGGCAGCCCGGAUGUUCCAUGUUAAAUCGUGACAGAACUGCACCAGACCUGAUGAGUUGGAAACAAUCCUAUACAGUAAAAGAAAUUACACUGUGA